AUUUAGCGAAACCUACUUGUUGCAUCUAACUUACAGCUGACAACAAAACACAUCAUUAAAGCUACACUGUAUUACAGAUCAACAAGCCUUAUCUAAAAAUGUUGAAUACUGUGUAUAAAUACACUAGCUAUACUUGGAGAUUUAUAUUUUUUGUGUUGUCCAACUUGUAUGCACUACCUUGCUAUGUAAUUUGGAUGCUGCUUUUGACUCCUGUCAGAAUGAUAGCACCCAAUAUCUACUGGAAAAUUGAAGCUUUUAUGUUCAGGAUGUUGCAGUGCAUGGUUGUCACAUGGGUGGAUACCAAUGGUUAUAGAGUUGUCCAGUGUGGGGAUGACAUAGGUCAACUCCAUGAUAAAGAAACCAUUCUCCUGUGCAAUCACCAGUCCACUGCAGACACUCCUAUUGUCAUGCUGACAACCUAUGGUAAAGGAAUGGCCACUGGAAACAUGUUGUGGAUUAUGUUUAUCCUUUUCAAGUACACAAAUUUCGGUCUAGUUUCUUGCAUUAGAAAAGACUUUUUUAUUGAUCAAGGAAAAUCAGUCCGUGAUCUACAGCUAGUGAAAUUAAAAGAACAUAUAAUUAAUGCUUACCUCCCCUUGAAAAGAAAAUGGAUCAUGGUAUUUCCAGAAGGAGGUUUUUUAUACAAAAGAUUAGAAGCAAGUCAAGAGUAUGCACGCAAAUAUGGCCACCCUGUUCUCAAACAUACAACACUUCCACGCAUUGGCGCCAUGAAAACUAUUCUAGAUGCUGUAGGAGAACCGUAUGAACCAGUGAAUACCUCUGAUGAAAUUGAUAACUGUGAAAUAGAAGAUUCCUCUAGACCACUAAAAUGGGUUGUGGACAUGACCAUUGCUUACAAGGAUGGCAAACCUUUAGAUAUGUUUGGAAUGUGUGUUGGUUAUAAUCCUAGGAAUGAUGUUCUGGUCCACUACAGAGCAUUUCGAGCCAGAGAUAUUCCAAGAGAUGACGCAAGUUUGACCAGCUGGCUGUAUGAGAGAUAUGUUGAGAAGGAUAAAAUGUUGGACCACUAUUACACUACAGGGGAACUACCAGAAGAGAUCUUACAGAGGACUGGCUUGUUGCCUAAGUUGCAGAAAUCCUACCUGCGAUUUGAUAUAGUAGAGCAAAUCUUGAUACAUACUUUUUUUGUACUCUCUUGUUAUGUUCAUUACAUUUUUAUUAUCAAGCCAAUUUGGGGGAUUUUUGCUUACUUCCUGAGCUUUAUUUUUUAAAGUUAUAUAAGUAUAGUUCAGCAGCUAGGUAGUUUAAAAACAACAAGGAAAGUAGCUAGUUUUUAGUCUGCUUAUUAAAACUGUACCAUUUUUUAAAUUUUAGAAACAAACUUUUCAAAUGACAAUCUAAAUUACAAAAUUUGCCACCCCCAUCCUGGCUGGUUGGGUUUUUUACUCACAUUUUGAAGGCCAUUGAUAAUACAUAGAUUUUUUUAAUUUAGAAUUUUCCAACUGAAAUGUUUUAAAACCCACACAAUUCUAGACUACUACAAUUUAGAUCUCUUAAAAAAUUAUAUAUCUGGCAUUACUGUUUAUUGGUUAAGUUUAUAUUUGCAUGAAUAUGCUUACCAAUUUGAAUACAAUAAUGUGUACUUAGUCUUGUAAUUUUCAUCCAUAAAAUCCAUUUAAUUCACAUUUGAUGUACCUUGCCAGGCUUUUAUUUUAGCUAUAACACUAUGUAGACAUGUCACAUCUUAAAUCUACAAAUGUGUAUAAUAGAACCUGAUUCCAUUUUUUUUUCUUACUUGAAUUGCUCAAAAAUAAAUAGUUGUUUGAUUAUAUGCCUCCAGUCUAAAGACAUUUCACUUUUUAUGAAACCAUUAAUUUUUGUUUACUAAGAUAACGCUGUUGGUAGUAAUCAAGGUUAGAGUUGGUGUUGUAGAUAAGCUUAAUGGACUGGUUAUUGUAUCUUACUUCAUCAAAUUGUAGAAAGUGUUAAAUGCUUGAAGAAGUGGUAACAAUUCUCAUUAUAAUAAAUCUUCCUUUUUAAAAACAAAAAUGAAACCAAUGUUUUUUAAACCAACAUUUUAAAAUUCUGUUUUAUUGAACUGUGUUUGUUAAAAGCCAACCGCUAAAGUUGUCUUUAAUCCCAAAGCUGCCAUAUCAUUAAUUCAAUACCUAGUGGAGUACACCUGCUAAACAGCUUUCCUGACCACAUAUCUCACAACCUCUUAUUUGUGUGCUUAAACAUUUUAUGAUACUUAGCUCUGAACAUUUAUUAAAAUCUAUAUUAAUACAAAAUAUGUUUUUCAUGUGUGUUUUACUAACAUUUGACUUGUUCAUACCACCUAUUUCAUUACAGCAAUUGGCUUCACUUCUUCUGUUUUAAAUAUGUGGAAAGACUGAAUGAAAAUCUAGUUAUCUAAUCUAGGCCUUAUGGUUACUGCAUUUUUCUCUCUGCUGUUAUUAUAUAUGUAUAAUAUGUUCUAAUAAUUAUUUAAUAUAAUUUUAGAUUUUGUUCAUUAAAUUAAAUCCCAUCCAAACCACCCAUCUAGUAAAAAAAGAAACAAUGUUUUUACAAACUUUGCCACAAUCAGCGUACAUUACAUGUAAUCUCUCAAGCCUUCCUUCCUUUUACCAUUAUUUGUCUUCUAUAUUACUAUCAAUUUUCUUUGGCUGAAGACAGUUUUUCAGUAAAUUUGUGUGCCAGAUUUAAAUUCUGUUUUAAAAUUUUGAAUUCAUUUUGCUACAUUUGCUUGACUGCCAAAUUAAAUUAUUUUAUUUUAAUUAUAUUUCUUCUCAAUUUUUCAGAUAUUAUUACGUUAGUUUUCAUUUGCUUGAUAUUUGAACCUUUUAAAAUGUUUAAUCUGAUGCUUAUCGUUUAUACUUUCAAUUGGUCUGAUAAUUUUUACUUGCACUGUCUGAUAUUUUUAUGAAUUAAAUUAUAUUUAUUUCAGUUUUGCGUUUCACUGUAUUUGUUAGUUUUUUUUAUGUUGAGAAUAAGUUAAUACAACCUAAAAAUUUAAGAUGGGACUACUAGUGAAUGGUGUUUAUUUAUAAUUGACUUGCUUUAGCUUAAAUAUAAUUAACCAGUAGUAUUAUGUUUGUUUAAUAAAAGAAUAACAUGCUAUUACUCAGAAGGGAGUGUAUUUUCAGCCAUGUAUUGUAUCUAUAUUAGAAAUAGGGUUGCACUACCUAAAGUGAUGAAAUUUUAUUGGAACACUAAAUUUUUUUUUAUUUAAAAUUUUUAAUUUCUGCAUUUUUUACGACUACAUUUUAAUUAGCAUUGCAUUAAGUAAAAUGUUUUCUUACCUCACAGCAUUUGAAAUUACUUUAAAAAUAUUUUUGUUUGGUAUAAUAAUUUCAAUGGAUCCAUUUGUUUAAAUAAUAGUUUAACUAUAAAAAUGUAUAUGAAUCAUCCAAUUAUUUAAAAAAGUGUAAUAAUUUUUUUUUAGCUUUUGGUACUAUUCCUUGUUUUAACAUAAUAUAAUAUUUAGUAAAAUAUGUGUUUAUUUUUGUAUAUUUUUAAUACAAAGAUGAUUAUGUAAUUAAUAUAUAUAUUUUAAAAAUUAGAUUGUGAUACUGGCUUUUUCUGUUUUAAUUAUUCCAUCAUUAGAUAAAAUAUGCAGCACUGAUUAUUAAUUAUUAAUUAAAAGAAAAAAGAUAA